AUGUCAAUCAGUGGUCACACGAAUGGAGUGAUUGUCACCAAAAACGCCAAUUCAAGCAUCAAAUCAGAGGUGAUUGAUAUGAAAGUGAAGGACAACUGUUUGGCAAAGAGUUUGACUCAACUCAAGACAUCCAUCGGUUCCGUGAAUUGCAAUUCAAAUGUAAUGAUAUUUUGUGGCCAAAAGUCAAGACAACGCAAUGAUUCAGUUUCAUCGAUGUCUACCAUAAGUACAACGAAUGCCUCCAAUCCACCCAAACAAGAGGUGAUCCUUACAUACCAUUCUAUGGAUCUGUACUCGACUUCUGGAGAGCAAUCGGAGCCGUCAUCGUCGCCAUUGAGCGCCAAUGAGACCCAACCGCAGGACAUGUUCUGCUCGAGCACUAUGUCGGGCGACUGUUCCAGUAAUACGAGUGCCGAUAUCAUUGAUGCCAAGUCUGGUGACAACUCUCCCAAACGGGUCUGUUUGGUGUGCGGGGACACGGCGUCCGGAUUUCAUUACGGAGUCGCCUCAUGUGAGGCUUGUAAAGCAUUCUUCAAGAGAACCAUUCAGGGCAACAUUGAGUACACGUGUCCGGCGGCUAACGAUUGUGAGAUCAAUAAGAGGAGGCGGAAGGCCUGUCAGGCGUGUCGGUUCCAGAAGUGUCUGCGUAUGGGAAUGCUUAAGGAAGGCGUACGUCUGGAUCGGGUGAGAGGUGGCCGACAGAAGUAUCGCCGCAGCUCUGAAAGUCCGUAUCAGAUGCAGAAUAUGUCACCCAUUAAGAAGACAAGCAUCGAAGAAAAUAAGAUCAUAUCUGCUCUGAUUGGCUGCGAACCGGAACCCCUGUUAGCUAUGAGUUGUCAGAAUUCGCCGACAUCUCCAUCGACACAAUACAAGAGUAUUUGUCUGUUGAGUGAUCUCGUGGACAGAGAACUGGUCGCCACAAUCGGAUGGGCCAAACAAAUCCCCGGUUUUACUGAUUUGAUUCUUAACGAUCAGAUGAGACUAUUGCAGACGACUUGGGCUGAAGUGCUCUCUCUUUCGUUAGCGUUUCGGUCUCAUCAGUAUUGCAUGCAAUCCACAGCACCGACAUCUGCCAGUGCUGGCACAACGCCCACUAAACUUGUUUUUGCCAAUGACUUGAUUAUGGAUUCAGAACAGGCCGGACAGUGUAGGGCCGAUGAACUGUUCAACCAUUCGAUACAAUUAGUGAAAAGACUUAAUUUAAUAAAAAUAGCAAAAGAAGAAUAUCUACUUUUAAAAGCAAUUCUUUUAACAAAUGCUGAUAUUCUGUUAGAAGACUCGCAAUCGGUUUACAAAUUACGCGAAACUCUAUUAACAACACUUCAAGAAUGUGUAUCUGUUUUACGGCCAUUCAAUUGUGUCAAUCAUUUAAGCCAAUUGUUGUUAUGCAUGCCUUUAUUGAGACAAUUAGAUGGUGUGACCAGACGUUACUGGAAUAGUGUUCGCAGAGAGAGUAACGUUCCGAUGAAUAAAUUAUUUGUCGAAAUGCUUGAGUCAAACAUAACGAUGCGUUGACUCGACUAUACAUUGUUUUAAAUAUGGAUUUGUUUGCGAACAUCACUUAAUUGAAUACACUUUGGAAACAAUACAUAUAAUACAGGGUAUUAUUUAAUGACAAACCGAUUGCCAAUAUUUUGCAAAUAUCUGCAAAUAUCGAUGGUUUGGGUUUGAGUUGAUCUACGGUUAAGAAUCUAUUAAUAGGUUUAGAAUAUCUCUAAAGGCUUUGCUUUACAUAAUUUACAAAAUUCUUAUUACUUAUGCUUCCAUUCAAU